AUGGGCGAGAAUGCCAGCGUUCUACAGGGUUGGAGGGUCGGCCUCAAGCGUGCAUCAUCCUGCGUGCUGGAUUUCGAAAUGGACAAGAGCAAAACCAUUGCGCUGUAUUCCAAGAUUGUCGGUCCUGCUCGUGCUGCUUUGGGCAGUCAGUCAGCUUCGAAUUCGAUCGACCUCUCCUCGGGUGUGUCAAAACAGGUCGAGUAUGCAGCCAUGGAUGUGUGGGUGGCCUUGCGGCUGAGCCCUCCAAGCGGCCAAAGAUGGGCCAAGACUGACGUCUUCGGCUUCUGCUUGCUUGGAUAUCUUGAUUCGAAAAGAAGUUGCGCGCAGUGCGGCACGGUGGCUGGUGGCAGCUUGAUGUUUGUCACAGCAGGGUCGGCACCGGGUAAUGUGCCGCUCAAGGGCGAUGGCCACUUUCCAGAGCUCCAGUUGUGGAGCAGCGGGCCUUGUUGGAAACAGCUUGGCAGCGCUCAUAGUCCUCCACUGGAUUCAACCUGCCAUAGGAACAGUCGUUCCCGCAGCACCGAGACCGACCGAUUCACAACCGUGCGCUUGUCCGGACUGCUGGGAUAUCACUUAUGCGACCCCAUCUAUGGCACUGACAUUUGCUACGAGCCAGUGUGCCCACCUGGAUACUUUAGGUGCUGUGCCACCUGCUAUGAAGCACCGUGCUACGGACUGAAGAAGGACUUGCAGUUGUCUUGGCGCGGCAUCUACGAGUGCAUCCUGUGCGAGUCCGGUGACUAUUGUGAUGGGUGUGACACCUUCUCACAGUGUCCGGACAACACGCAAGCCAAUCGCGAAGGGCCUCGCGUUUCCCGUGCUGGGUCGACCCGGAUAGCUGAUUGUGAGUCCUGCGCUGCAGGAAUGCAGGCGAGUUUCCGCCGUGACAGAUGUGUGGAAGCUUACUCCCAUGUUUGCAACGAGGAGUUUGUUCAACGCUGCAUCCGAAGCUGCAAGGCCGAGGAGCCCUCGCGCGGCAAGAGGCUGACCCCUUGCGAGCAGAUCAAGUGCGAGGUGUAUUGCGCAAAGCAGUGGUCGAACGAAUGCCUAGGAGUCGUGGGAGGGCAUUGCAGGUCGCUGACAACCAUCAAGGACUCCGGAGUUAUCGGUGCGGACGGGUUGGAUGCGCAGGCUGCGGUGCUGGACUGCGACGUGGACUGCAACAGCGCUUUUCAGCAUGGUUUGGCUUGGCUCAUUCUGGCCCUGUUGUGUCUCCAUCUAUCGUGA